GGUCGAGGCAGUGGGAAUGUACUGUAUCUCUGUCUGGGAAGAGCGAAGGUUGUCCGGCCAAUUCCGCAGUUUUUUUUUCUCUCUCUCUCUCUCCCCCCCGCCCCCCUCUCUCCUUCGCUUCCCUCUGAACCAGUAACCGCUUCCAGAGACGGACAGACCCGCAUCCGAAGCGUGUGACGGCGGCUGCGUGGAAAAAGACUGAAGACGGGGGCUAAACUGGAGCUCCACUGCAGUGUUACAGUUACUCCUGUAACGAGAAUAUCCAAUGGAAAACAGGUGUUCUUUACGGCCACGCGGUGUUGUACAGGGCUGACUGUUUCCACAAACGAAGGGGGCGCCUCAAAUGCAGACACACCUCUGAUGCCUCUGGCCAGUCUGAGCUCAUGGUGUGUGCUCGCUGGGAUAAACUAGUGGCCUGGCCAAAGAGCGCAGUGUUGCUACACACAGUAAAGCCCACACAGGAUGUCGUGGGCCAGAGGCCUCUUUGUAGGCAGAGUGGACGAACGAAAGACAGCAUGGGGAGAGCGCAAUGGCAAAAAGCGAAAGGACAGCUCAUCACUGUGCAACCCGCGCUACAUGAGCUGCCUGAGGGACCCUGAGGACCUGGAGCCCCACAAUGCGGCCCCUCAGCAUUACCACUGCGGAGCGGGCACCAGCGGGGGCAACUUUGGUUUGCGCUGCGGCUGGCAGGAGGACCACUACGGGAAAAGGAUGGGUGGCGGUGGGGAUCUGGGUCUCAAGGCUGUGGACCUGGGCUUUGAAGACGGGGAGCUGAAGGGCAGGAAGGAGGAGGAAUUAGGGGAAUUAGCGGAAGGCAGCUGCAAGACGAUGACCGCUGCAGACUGCUGGAUGAGGGUCGUGUGGGUUUUCCAAUCCAAGAAAUUUCAGUCCGCCAAGCUGGAGCGCCUGUACCAGCGCUACUUCUUCAGGCUCAACCAGAGCUCUCUGACCAUGCUGAUGGGGGUCCUGGUGGUGGUGUGUGGGGUCAUGCUCACCUUCCACUGCAUCUACACGGCCCCUGACAAGGCCUAUAUCUCAGUACUCUCUGUGGCCAUGGCUCUCUUCUUGGCCAUGAUGGUGGUGUGCAACCGCAACGGCUUUCAUCAGGACUACAUGUGGAUUGUGAGUUACCUGGUGAUCGGGGUGCUGAUUGUAGUGCAAGUCUUUGGGGUGCUGAUGGUGAACCCCCGCAGUGCCUCGGAGGGCAUCUGGUGGACGGUCUUCUUCAUCUACAUCAUCUACACGCUGCUGCCGGUCAGAAUGAGAGCUGCUGUUCUCAGUGGAGCUGUGCUGUCUACCAUACAUGUAGUCACCGCCUGGCAGCUCAACCUAGAGGACAAGUUCAUUUUCAAACAGGUCAGUGCCAACGUGCUGAUCUUCCUGUGCACUAACAUGAUCGGGAUCUGUACCCACUACCCUGCUGAGGUCUCCCAGAGACAAGCCUUCCAGGAGACGAGAGGAUACAUCCAGGCCAGACUGCACCUGCAGAGGGAAAACCAGCAGCAGGAGCGCCUACUGCUGUCAGUGCUGCCAAGGCACGUUGCCAUGGAGAUGAAGGCUGAUAUCAAUGCCAAGAAGGAAGAUAUGAUGUUCCACAAGAUCUACAUCCAAAAACAUGACAAUGUCAGCAUACUGUUCGCAGACAUUGAGGGCUUCACCAGCCUGGCGUCUCAGUGCACGGCCCAGGAGCUGGUCAUGACGCUGAACGAGCUGUUCGCCCGCUUUGACAAGCUGGCCUCGGAGAACCACUGCCUGCGUAUCAAAAUCCUAGGGGACUGUUACUACUGUGUGUCAGGGCUGCCUGAGCCACGGGCUGACCACGCCCACUGCUGUGUGGAGAUGGGAGUAGACAUGAUUGAAGCCAUCUCGCUGGUGAGAGAGGUGACGGGCGUUAACGUGAACAUGCGGGUGGGCAUCCACAGCGGUCGUGUUCACUGCGGGGUCCUGGGCCUGCGCAAGUGGCAGUUUGAUGUCUGGUCCAAUGAUGUGACGCUCGCUAACCAAAUGGAAGCCGGAGGGAAGGCUGGGCGUAUCCACAUUACCAAAGCCACACUUCAGUAUCUGAAUGGGGACUACGAGGUGGAGCCGGGAUUUGGAGGAGAGCGGAACGCUUACCUGAAGGAGAACAACAUUGAAACCUUCUUGGUGCUGGGCUGCAGCCAAAAGAGGAAAGAGGAGAAAGCCAUGAUGGCCAAGAUGCAGCGAGCACGUGCAAAUUCUGCCGAGGGACUGAUGCCACGCUGGGUGCCGGACAGAUCCUUCUCCAGGCCCAAGGAGUCCAAAGUCUUCAGGCAGAUGGGCAUCGAUGAAGCAUCCAGCAAAGACAACCGCUGCGCUCAGGAGGCCCUGAACCCCGAGGAUGAGGUGGACGAGUUUCUUGGACGGGCCAUUGAUGCGCGCAGCAUCGACCAGCUGCGGAAAGAUCACGUCAAGAAGUUUCUGCUCACUUUUCAGACCGCCAACCUUGAGAAAAAGUACUCCAAAAAGGUCGAUGAUCGUUUUGGGGGAUAUGUGGCCUGCACACUCCUUGUUUUCUGUUGCAUCUGUUUCAUCCAGAUUAUCAUUUUCCCAAAAACGACACUUAUGCUUGGUCUUUACAUCAGCAUCUUCAUCAUCCUCGCCAACAUCCUUUUCAUCUGUGCCAUCUACUCCUGCAUUAAACUCUUCCCAGUUGCCUUGCAGACUGUAACCAAGAAAAUAGUCCAAUCUCGUGCAAACAGCACACUGGUGGGCGUCUUCACCAUCCUCCUCCUCUUCAUCUCUUCUUUUGCUAAUAUGUUUACCUGCAGCAGAGAGAAUCUGUGGCACUGUGUGGUUAAAGAGCAGAACAUAUCAGUGAACGAGCUGAACACAUCAGUGAAUCUCUGCCUGCUGCACAACCUGACCAAGAUGGUAGAAGAUGGUCUGACUCUGUGUUCCAGCCAGGUCAUGCCCUGCCAUUUCCCAGAGUAUUUCAGCUACAGUGUACUGCUGACCCUGCUGGCCUGCUCUGUGUUCCUCCACAUCAGCAGCAUAGGGAAGCUGGCUCUGAUGUUGCUCAUCCAGCUCACUUUCCUCCUGCUGGUGGAGUGGCCUCAGGUGGCCCUGUUUGACAACGCAGACCUGCUGGUCAUUGCCAACACCCUGCCUAGUUUCAAUGAAACUGCAGAACAGUGCCCUGACAGUGUGGCUAAGGUAUCCCUAAAGGUCAUGACCCCUGUAAUCCUGACAGUUUUUGUUCUGGCUCUCUACUUGCACGGCCAGCAGGUGGAGUCCACUGCUCGCCUUGACUUCCUCUGGAAGCUGCAGGCCACAGAGGAGAAGGAGGAGAUGGAGGAACUGCAGGCGUACAACCGGCGCCUGCUCCACAACAUCCUGCCCAAGGACGUAGCCGCUCACUUUCUCGCGCGGGAGCGUCGAAAUGACGAGUUGUACUACCAGUCAUGUGAGUGCGUCGCUGUCAUGUUUGCCUCCAUCAGCAACUUUUCUGAGUUUUAUGUGGAGCUGGAGGCUAACAACGAGGGAGUGGAGUGUCUCAGGCUGCUCAACGAGAUCAUCGCCGAUUUUGAUGAGAUUAUCAGUGAGGAGAGGUUCCGUCAGCUGGAGAAAAUCAAAACCAUCGGCUCCACCUACAUGGCAGCCUCCGGCCUCAAUGAUUCCACCUACGAUAAAGAGGGACGCUCACACAUCCUAGCUUUGGCUGACUACGCCAUGAGGCUUAGGGAGCAGAUGAAAUACAUCAACGAGCACUCCUUCAACAACUUCCAGAUGAAGAUAGGGCUGAACAUGGGGCCUGUGGUAGCAGGGGUGAUUGGAGCCAGGAAACCCCAGUAUGAUAUAUGGGGGAACACAGUCAAUGUGGCGAGCCGGAUGGACAGCACAGGAGUACCAGACUACAUCCAGGUGACCACAGAUUUGUACCACGUGUUGGUCAACAAUGGAUACCAGCUGGACUGUAGAGGCGUUGUCAAGGUGAAGGGGAAGGGGGAGAUGACCACUUACUUCCUUACCAGUGGUCCCCCGGGCAGUUAACGACAGACCAGGGCCAACCUGUAGAGGGACUCCCGCUGCACAGACAAGACAAGAGACUAGCAGAGAGACUGAGUGGUCAGCUCGGCGAUGAGCACCGAAAAGCGCGGUGCCAACACACCGGGGACAGGAGACAGUCGACAGAGACGAGCUCGGCCUGUCUGUUAUGUCGUCACGUAAUCAGACGUGCACACGUAGGACGCUGUUCAUGUUUUGAAGGCUUUUUUUUCCCAAGCUGCUCGAGAGAUCACGAAGCCCAGUUGCCUUAGGACGGAAGUGGCUAUGCUUGUGUUUAUGAGCAAUAGUACAAGUAUUUCAUCUGGAGUCAUUAUUUAUUUUUGUGCAGAUGGAUUUUUGUGAUGACCUUGUACAAAAAAUAUAUAUACAUAUAAAAAAAAACUAUGUUACUUAAAAGAAAAUAUGCAAGGACAAGAUGAAGGAUGACAAUGACCAAAGAACAAAUGUUUGAUAUGAAACACACACUAAUGAUUCUGUUCAAAUGUGCAGAAACCUUAAGUAAUUUAUUCAUCUUUUGACAGCAAAGGCCACGGUAACAUCACUGUCGUUGAUAGGGACGAACACUUUUUCUUUCUUUUUUUUUUUGCUGUGGAUUCAUUCGUGAAGGAUAACACACAAACACACACACACACACACCUGCACACACACGCACACUCAUACGCAGAUAGAAAACACUCACAACAAACUUUGUUUGCUUGGACUUCUGUAUUUCUUAUCAGGGCCUUCUUUGUUUCUUCCAGCCUGUGAUCAGCCACAGUCUGGACACGAGGCUGUUUGUGGUUCACUGAAAUGUGCGAUUGAUUACUUGCUCUCUGCAAUGUAUUUUUGGUUCAAGCCAAAAACAAGAAGUACGAAAACUAAGGAAGAACAGUUGCGUUAGUAUCACGGUACUGAAGAGAGAUUGUUGAACUGUUAUGAAACAUUUUAUAUGAGUGUGUGUGAGUGCAGUUUGUAUGUGUGUAUGGGUAUGUGUGUGCGCGCGCGUGUGUAGGGUGUGAGCACACAUAACUGAAUGCUGAUCUUUAUCUAUAAAGGGGCAUACUGUAACUUUUCACUGUGAGGUUUUUAUGAUACUGUAUGACAAUGCUUUCUUGCCAAACUGGUUGCUGCAAGGCAUGUUUUAUAUUAUUUCAGAGUUGUGUGUCCAUUCCUGAUUUCUCGUGUCAAAAUGAUCAUUUGAAGAGAAUUAUGUCUACUGCGCCUUUUACUGGACUGUGAUUUUGACUGAUUUCAUUCCAACCGGAAUAAGCAAAAGCUUAGAAACGUAUAUAUUUUGGAUUGUGUUUGAACGUUUGAACGUAAACUGGUUUCCUGACCGUUUCAGGAUCAGCUGUAUGCAGGAAUUCUCCAUCUGCUCACAAGUAUUGCCUUGAGAUUAUGCAGUUCCAAGGUCCGCCUAGUUCAUGGACCAAUAUUCACAACUUUACUCUACAGUAUUUGACACUAGCUGGUUGUAUUUGGCACAUGGAGGCUUGUAACCCCCAAAAAUUAGUUGUUUGAAACAAUAAUCAUAUGAAUGUAAUGUAAUAUAAAUAUUUUUGCCCACAGUGAAACUACUACUGAGGAAACCACUCUUUACAUUGCCUUUGGUACUGAGGAAGGAGUUGAAUCAUUGUAUUAGAGGCCAAAUUGAUUAAACUUCAUGUUUGCUGUAAAGUGAAGGAGUAUUUUACAUUUAGACAAGCUUUACACUUGUGUUGAUAUGCUCACUUUUCUGUCUGAGCUUAAAAUUGUUGCCUUCACAGGCUACAAAAAAGAUCCUCACUUCUGCUUGUCUCUCUCUCUCUGUCCUUAAAAUGAAAGGUCAACAAGACACUGUUGUAUUUUCCUUCAAAAAGCGUCAGAGGUUAAGAAAUAGUGCAAUGACUCAUUUGAUUCAUUUCCCCUUGGAUAAGAAAUUAAUAAAUGGCUGUUUUUGCAUUGA